CCUGGAUUCUGCUGCACUUUGGUCAGGGAUUCAAUGUCAUUUAAAAAUCAGAUCCUCAAUCAUCAAGGAAGACUGAGCUUGCCGAGAUGAAAAGGAAGGGGGCUCUUCUCGAGUUGCCUUCCAACCGGGGUAUGGUUCAUGCCACUUCCAAUUUCAGUUUCGAUUCCUUCCUCUCUCUCCAUUCAGCUUCUCAACACUGAACAUCAUCGCGUCACGACAAAAAAUCUUGCAGAAUCCUCCCUGUUCUGUGGUUAUUUAUGAACCUUGGCUUUGAAAUUUUUAUAGACUACCGGAUAUGCACGGACAUUACGAGCUUCUACGCUCAACGAGUAGCGAAAACCGUGAUUUGAAGGCCGGAGAAGUAAACUUGAAGAGGCUAGGAGCCAAUUUGCGAUUCUCAAGUGACAGCGUUGCUGGCCCAAGCCUCUGGGCACGAACAUCCUUUGGGGGAGAUUUUAUUCUGAUCGCAGAAUUCUCUGAGAAUGAGGGGCCCAAACCCGUGGUAAGUCUCCCAGAAAUACAACUAAUUCGCUUCAAACCUCCUUCCUUUGAAAACAAGAAAUUAUUUCUUGUGUAUUAAUGGUUAAUUUUACGAUUAGAUCGCGUGACUGUUAUCUAGUAGGGUAUUUAUUUACAAUCGUAAGUGUUGUUGAUGUUGUAAAUAAGAACAGUAGAUUGUUUUGUUUGUUCAAUAAUAACAUAUUCACCCGCGGGGGAGGGGGGCGUUGUGCGACAAUCGCAGACUAAAGUCUGGCAAGUAAACGAGGAAAACCUGGUUGUGGAAUGCUUUAACAGAGUCCCUACCUGUAAAGUUUAAGUCAUUGAAAAGUCUAGCUUAGGAAUAGGGAAUCUGUCAGAGCAUUCUACAACAAUGUUUACUUUGUUUACCUGCCAGUCUGCCGUGCAAUCCGCGUUUGUCACCCUCGGGGGGGGGGGGGGACAUUAUAGACCCCAUCUUAGUCACUUUGGGGAGUAAUUUUACUAGUCAAUCCAGUUGUGAAAAUGUGACCCCAUCCAGCCGCACAUCCCCAUUAGCCUCUUAUAAGGAAGUAGCCCCCUCCCCGCCCCCGGAUACUUCACUUAAACUUAUAAAUUAAUUCUGUUAAGCAAACAAUUAAUUAUUAUGAAGAGUUAUGCUGAUCGAGGAAGUGUUGCAGAUAACACCCCUAAAGGUCUGUAGAAUUCUUCAUGUCUUUAGAAAUCCUGAUUCAAUAAUAAAAAAAUAUUAUUAUAUAUUUUUUCAUGCAUAAUAUUUCUGAGUUCAUAGCAGUCCAUGCAUAGCAUGAAUAUCAGAUGAUUACUAACUCUGAGUCACUUUUACUCCCACAGUAACUACUGACUCGAAGUAGUCGUCUGAUAUUCAGGCUUGAUGGUCCGUACAUAGUACGUCUUCAUGGAUAAUUCCCUUUUCCAAAACAUAUGCCUGUUCCCUAUGUUCUUCAUAGAUCAGUAUGUUGUUGAUGCGUCAAACAGUAUGCUUGUGUAUUCACGUUGUGUUUUUCAGACUUUAAUUUAGCUAUUUUCCUGUUGCAGAAUAUACUUGAUCUUCCACCCCAAUAACUCAAAUUCCUCCUCUAACUAGAACUGCUUUUCAUUUCCCUUCAGAGUUUAAGUUACCGGGGUUAAUCUACUGUAUGUCAUUCUUUUUUUUUGUCUGUUAAUAUUCCUAGAUGACAAUUCCAAAGAAUGGUGGGGGACAUUUUGACCUCAAUGCUUUUGCUGUUCACGUGAUGUCUGUGGAUUAUGCUCUAGCAAGGUAUUAAAAUGAUGCAGCAAAUUCAUGAUAUAGUUGCCAUUGUGAUUUCUACUUUUCUAUGACACUUAAAUAACAAUAAUGGAAACUUUAUCUGUGUUUUUGAACGUGCAAUUGUAAAUCUUGCUACAUAUAGGCAAUUUACAAAUGCUGCUUGAGAUUGAAUUAUUCCCCCCAAAAAAGAGAAGAAAAGAAAAUCAAAAUUGCAUGGAAUUGGCUGAUGCAUAAGUUGAUACAGUAGUCAUUAAAGCAAAAAAAUCACAGAUUUUAAUUAUAAAGGCCAAUAAUUUAGCACUGCUGUAUUUGUGAAUAUUGCCUUAUAGUUCCUGUGUGGUAACCUUUGUUCACACCGUCAAGUCAAACAAAGUAAUAAUUAUAUUCAUUGAAAACAAUAUUGGAACAACAGAAUUCUGUGUUUUACUGGAAGUGGUUGAAAGUAUAGGAAUUGAUUCUGUGGCAACAAGUCUUUUAUGGUCUUUCAUCAGUCUGCAAAAGUGUGGGUGUAACAUCGUCAAAAAUUAUUGUUUCACACGUUUGAACUCAAUCAUGAACGAGCAGGAAAAUCAAAGACAACUCUCCUAGAAUUUAAAUUCUGCCUGGUCUGAGCAAGAAAGCGUUGAGGAAGAAAUAGCUGAUAUGUCCUUACCAGUGACAAAUAAUAAAUUAUAACUCAUCCUCAUCAGCCGUCAAGGUUUUGUGCAAUUUGUACUUGACUUGUAAAUGAAAAUUAUUCCUCGAUCACCUCAUGUAUACCUGCCAACUCUCACGCCCUAGGCGUGAGUCUCACGCCUGCGGGUUGAAAACUUCGAUCUCACGCCCGCUCACGCCUGCGGACCAAUUUCUUACGCCUGAUUGAAAAAUGUGAGUUGUUGCCGUCUUGCUGGACACAAUUUCUAAAAAUAUGUUAACUCAGACCCAUGUAAGGAACGAAAACCAUGUGUAAAAUGAAUAAAUGACAAUACCUUCCUCGCGAUCUCUGAUUUUGUGGAUAAGCGUUUUCUCGAUAACUUCGCCUUCAGCAGACUUUGGACGUCUUUGGAAGACUUCGGACUUCUUCGGGAAUCUUCGGAAAUGAUCGUGUCGUUUUCAAAAAUCCCAGCACUCCCAGGAUAAAAAUCUCACGCCUACAUCUCAGAAAAAGUUGGCAGGUAUACUCAUGGGUUCUCAGUCAUGAAGAGACGAAGGUGACAAAACCUGUCUAAUUUGCACUGAAAGUCAGAUAUCUUGCUUGUAACCAAUUGGUGCAGGGUUCCAAAGGCUCUUUUGUUUUUCGACUAAUCAGACAAAAGUCCAGUUUCUGUACUAUGGGCAGAUGAUGUGUAAAGUAAAUGUAUCAGGCAUCCUUUUCCCCUCGUAUCCAAAACAAAAGGGAAAAAGGAUCACCUGGUCACAGGUUAAUUUGGGGACUGUCAAUUUGUGCUUAUCGGGUGGAGGGGGAUGCUUCCAAUUAUAUUGGGGGGGUUUAAUGCAAAAGAAAGGGUCUCCACAGGAUUUUUACCAAAUCUCCGGAGUUUUGCAUAGAUGUCUGAGUUACACUAGUCUUUCUUUCAGGGGUACUACCUUCUCCAUUGUAGAAGAUACACAGUUGCUUUUAUCAGAGAAGAAGGAGGGCGUUUAUGCUUAUGUAAGUCAGUACGUGGUAUUUGUAGUUUUUAUACCACUAUUUUGAGUAGUAUUAUAAAGGAAAUAAAAGGAGAUGUAAAGAAUCAACCAUAAGAGGACACAGAAAAAAUCUGAGCCCCAGAUGGGAUUCGAACCCACCACCCUCCGUGUUCUAGAUCGGAUGCUCUAACCUCUGCGCUACUGAGGACUUGUUGGUUGGUUGGAGGCUCCUUCAUGGGUGAGACAUUUCUUGCUAUUAAUGUGAUUUUGUGAUACAGUUAAGCCUUAAUGUGUUGCUUGUGAUGGACUGUGUGACUGCGAGACGUGGUUCGCAAGUCCAACCCACAAAAAAUGACCCUUGCUCACCAACGAGUCCUCAGUAGCUCAGAGGUAAGAGCAUCCAAUCUAGAACACGGAGGGUCGUGGGUUUGAAUCCCAUCUGGGGUUCAUAUUUUUUCUGUGUCCUCUUAUGGUUGAUUCUUUACAUCUCCCUUUAUUUCCUUUAUAAUAUUAAUAUCAGUUGCAUAGGUUGGUAUUUUGAGUAGAGCACAAAUUGGCAAAAAAACUUGCAAAAUAAUUCUCUUUAAAACUUUCUAAGAAGAGUUGUUUUGCACUUUUUUAAAGCUAAAUGUUUUAAAACGUUGCUUCUUUUUAAGUACAAAUUAGGGAACCAGAAUUGCCAAAUCUCCUUAUCUGGCUGGCUUCAAAGUUGCAAUUGGGUUCUAAUGUGACUAUGCUUGAUUACUUGCAAAAGCCUGAGAAAGUUUUGAGCGGUAAUGAAAUGGAACUUGUAAAAUGUUGUUUGCACUAAGGCCCAGUUUAGACAUGGUACUUCACCUGAGGGAAUCAAGUUCAAAUUUAGGCUGAUUCAAAUUGAUUAAGGUUAGCUUUAUUGAUUCAGUCGCUAAUCUUUGUUCAUGCGGAAGUGAAUUCAGUAGGGAAAAACCCCAUUGUAAGUUAACAUUUGUGCAACUAAUAUUCAAAUCAUUGAUAUAUACUAGUAGUAAUCUCAGAUUAGGAAGUACGAUUAGGAAGUACGUUUAGGUUUGCUGUCAAAUGUGACGUUUAAAUAUUUCCUAAUAAAUUGAUGCUGCAAAACACUUCCUAUAUUUUAAAAAAAAAGAAACACAACAAAACAAAACGACUAUGAGAAAAAAAAAGUCUCACCCAACAGGAGUCGAACCCGAGGCCUUCGAUGUGUAAAGACAAUGAAUUAUCCAUUGCGCCACUCAUCCAUUGCUGAGACUGCAUAUCAAAUUAAUUGUAUUUAACAAUUUUGUACCCACAAGAUAAAGUAUUCAAGAUGGCACAGAAAAUGCAGACGUAUGAUGAAGUAAGUACCACAAAAGGUCACCCUUGAGUACCACAGGAAUCCCAACUUUUUACCACAGGAAUCCCAAGAUUAUGUGUUGUGUUCUCCUAAUGUCGAACACAACUAUGUGUAAUUCAAUUCUUACAACUUUGCCUUUUUACUGUAACUAACAGGUUCAUCACUUCACACUGUAUGACAUCCAUGCCCGUGGUUUUGUGAGGCCAUAUUGCAUGUGCUAUAUUUCUAAGUGCAAAAGGUAAAUGUAACAGCAUUACAAUGUGGAAUACCGGUAACAAUAAUUAUUUAAGUUUUGACAAAAGGAGAGGUAUCUAGUCUCACCCCAGGAGAAAAUUUGGUCAAGUAGUGAAAGGUACCAUAUGGUUAGAAUCUUUUCACAAGUGCCCAUCCCCCAAACAUGUGGGGGGUGGGGGAAAAAACAAGAAAAGAGACCAAAAAUAUAUUGCUAUUGAAGAAUCAGAGGCCAUAUAAAGCAAGAAAGAGAACCAUUUAUAAUUGCGAGCUAUUUUUUCAAAAUAGCUCACAUGUCAGUGGUAUGUAUGUAUCUUUGUGGCUUUCUGGCUUUGUGUGUUUGUAUGUGUGGUGCAGGGGCCAAUAAGGUUGGAGGUACUGAGUUGAUGCUAAGAACCAAUGAGAUUCUGUCCUAACUUUGUUUUGUCAACAUGUUUUUUCUUUAAACAGAAAAAUGUAUUCUUUUCUUGAUCGUCUCAUGGAUGAGUUUACCAAGGUAUGAAAAACUGCAUUCAGACUUUUAAGCUUACUGGCUAUUAGCUGGUAAAUCAUUAUGUCAUGACGUGGGUGCGUCUGUAAGUAAGUUAGUAAGUAAGACCACGUCAAGGUUCUCUUAAGUUUUCCCCAAGUGUCUUUUUUUAUUUAUUUUGAAAUACUUUGUUCAGAAAGAUAUGAAAGGCAAUAGAAAAAGAAACUUAUUGAAAAAAACAAAACACACCACAACAAGGUACGCAAUGUUCCAUGAAUCUCCCGGAAUACUUGGAGUUAGCAAAAGACCAAUUAUUGGCAUAACAGAAUACUCAAUCCUGGCCCCAGUUGUUCAAAAGGUAUCAGAUAAAUAUCCAUCAACUUGAUAGUGCUAUUGGUUUUCCUAAUAUUUAUCCACUCGAUAGUGAUUUAUCCGGUGGAUGACGCUAUCCAUCGUUUGAACGUUAGGGGCCAGAAGUGUUCACUUAAGGAUCUUUUCCACUUUUAGCUGGAUUCACUGCAACGUGCCAGUAACCUGAAGCCAGGUCUAAUGUGCUGGACCACUUUGUCCCUGAAAACACACGCACACAGUCAGUGUGUGACACACAAAAAAAUAUCUUUCAGAGUUACUGCAUUUAAGGGACGGUUCAUUAUUUAUGGGAAUGACCGGGUCGGGAAAAAACCGAACGGGCUUUGAAAAUUUUUCUUGCCGUGGCGACGGGCUUUUUGUUGUUUUCUUGAACAAAGAGACCGGGCUUUAAAAAAAAUCAACAUAAACUAAAACUGUGGUAGAAACGCGGCAGUCGUUUGAUGAGAACAACACAUGGAAACUGUAUUCGUCGUUGAAAAUUCGCCCGGUAAAUUGUCGUACUUUCAUAUCAAAUAAAUAUUGCUACAAUAUUUUUGGUAAUGCAGGGAUAUACCCGCAAGAAAAAGCUCGCGCUUUGCGAUUGAACACUCGAGAAUUUUGACAGGCCACGGAAUGACACAAAUGUACUUUGUGAGCUGCUCUUUUAUAGUUGCUUAUAUUCAUAGCAAUAAAAGGGGGUGGUAAGCCUACACAACUUUUACCUCAUGCCAAAAUGCUGUUUAUUCCAAUAAAAUUGUUUUUAUCUGCUGGAUAGAUUAUGCUCUGGAAGGUUCUGCAUUUUUACUGAGCAAAUGUGAUUUUAGCCACAUGUUUCACACUGAGAGGUCAUGAUAUACAUAUCGAUUGACUGUAGUUAUUGUUUUCUGGUCGGCAGGAUUUGCCCUCUGAUGCAAGCGUAUUUUCUUUGACCUCUUUUGAAGCGUAAAGCUUUUUUAUUACGGCUGAAUAAGGGUUGAAAUUUUCUCCAAAGUGCCUUCUGGAUCUGAAUAACUAAGCGAUUUUCUUUAGUACGUGAGUGUAAUAUUUUUCUGCAAUGCUGUAUGACGCUGGGCCCCGCUCGUCCGUUUUCUUUGCAGAAUGUUAAAUUCUCACGGAUAGUGACUUACAGAUCCAAAAUUAUAAGAGUGAACUGCAGCUUAAACUGAAGCUACAUAAACUUACUAUGGAAAAUUGAAUUGUGACUCAGUAAACUCCAGCUUAGUGUUUUUCUAAAGAUAGUGUGAGUCUUUUGACUGGAGCGCGUAGUUCCUCCCUUGGUAAUAGCUUUGAAUAAGCUUAACAGUCUUUAAACUGUUUUGUUGUUGCCACAGUUUGUAAUCAGGCAAGACCAUGGUUUCGGUUCUCCACACGAACCUCAUCAGUUGCCGGGUUGGCUUUGUGCUUAGUUGCUUUUGCAAGAGCAACUUUAGUUGUACUUUGUUGUGGCGAGAACGGUACAGCCGUUCUAUCUAUUGAGCUUUGAACUUGAACAUAAAUACCCACGUGGUGGAUCGAAGUUCUUGUUUUCCUAUUGGCUUCUGAACGUAACCAUUUACGGAGUGUGUAUUUCGAUCCUCUUGUGCUUCAAGCUAGAGGUGUGUUUUCUUGGAUAGCAUUUCGUGAAAAUUUAAGCACUUUCUUUUAUGGAAGAGUUCAAGGACUCUUGUAAAUAGGUGCGCACAGAGUUUCCGUACACUCCCUCUAAAAACUGGACUGGAUACGUUCCUUGUUAGGUGAGCAUUGUUGAACUUUCUACUCUGUGCUUGGUUCUUAUUAGUACCUGUGCCUGUCUCGCGAACGUGUUUAAAAACAUGUUUGUGGAAACUUAUUCCUUUAACAAAAUGUCGAAAACUUUCAAGGAAAAUGUUACUCCUCCACAAGAAGUGCUAUCUGGAGAGGUUGGAAAACUCCAAACGCUUCUUGCAAGUCAUUUAAUACGAACGGUUAUAUAACCGUGUUCAAAGUAGCUUGCGUUGCCUGCGUGCAGACGUCUACAAAGGAAAUAGGAGAUGUCUGCAAGCAGGCAAUAGCCUGUGUAGCAUGGCGGUUAUGCUUGGGCGCACUAAGCAAUAAAGGCGGGCGAGGGCAGAGAAGCAGCGAGGAGACUGGGGCGGGAGUAACUUGAACUUUUAUUUUUAGCAACUUUUAUUUUUCUCGUGGCCUCGCCGCUCGUUCUCGCGCGCUUCGUGCAAAUUUCGCGGCUUCGCCGCUCUUACACCCGGCUCGACAAAACUAACUGCCAUGCUACGCAGGCUAUGUUCAAAGAUAUAUUUAGGACUUUUUCACUUAUUUGGCAAACGAUGAAAUGCCUCAAGCGGGAUGGCAUUUGUUAACUUGCACUUUUCACAGAUGUUAAUAAAUUAUUGUUUGUAAUCGCUGAACUCGUUUGAUAGCCGUUUGCUGACUCGAACGGCGAACAGUUGUGUAUUUGAUCCGAACAUGCACUAGUUGCUCUAGUCGUAAAUAAACAUUAGGGCCAUUUAUACGAGGAAAAAUAAGACGCGUCUUACAUAAGAUGCCUCUUAAAUAAGACGCGAACUGUACCAUUUAUACGAGCAUGUCUUAUCUAAUAAGACGUGUCUUAGCUAAGCCGCGUCUUAUUUUAGACGAAAUGUGCCGUUUAUACGGAAAGUUCGAGUCUUAUUUAAGACGCGUCUUAUGUAAGACGCGUCUUAUUUUUCCUCGUAUAAAUGGCCCUAAUGAAUGAUUUUCACAAGGUAUUCAGUUCAAUUUGAACAGGCUUUGAAAAAUUUGACCCCAAAUACUGAACGGGCUACGAAAAAACAAAAUGCCAUUUGGGCGGGCUUUAGAAAGAAAGAGGAAAGCUAUUAUUUUUUUCCCGACCCGGUCAUCCUCAUAAAUAAUGAACCGUCCCUAAACUUAUCUAAUGGUACCUUUGAGAGCCAUUCUCUGGUGACUCACUAGUUCAAGGGUAGAAGACCACAGACUAUUUGACUGUCUAACAAUGAUUCAAGAAGUCCUUCUCCUGGAGAGGUGUGGCUUGUUGCUCUUUAAUACAGGUCUUUCAUUUCUAUGAUCCAUGAGGCAUACUCUUGAUUCUGACAGGGUCAAUAACUUCUGCUACUAACACACUGUGCUUACCUCUUGGCCUCUAGUCCUCAAGGGAAACUGCUCUGUUGCAACUUACUGGACUGUCAAGGAUACCCUUUUCCUCCCUCCUGACUGAUAAUCUGAUAAAUGCCUUCCUUUCCUCACUUUCCUCAUGUCUCACAGUUCUUUCCUCUGGUGGCUAUCCUUUUCCUGUGCUUGUGCAAAAUAGUUUUGGUGUCUGGUGGUCGCCUGGCAUUGAGCUCAUCAGUAUACACUUGUAAUAUUGCAAGGCCCUAACAUGUAGUAAAAUGGACCGAGUUCCAUAAAAACGGCUUUUUGUAAAGGUAAAGCUUGAAAGCACACAGUAAAUCAACACAGAAUUGGCAUUUGUUAAUUAUCUCCCAGGAAAUAAGAAGUCACAAAUAUUCCUCAAGCUGGGUGAAAGGUGUGCCAAAUUAGAGGCCAUAUCUUAAGAAGAGCUGGGAUUUUGGUUUGGAUAUAACACAGCUGUGUUUCAAAUAAAUAAUGAUUCUGUGAUAGCUUAUCCAGCUAUUGGUUCUUCAUAUACCUUAUACUUUAUCCUUACUGGAACUUGUAGAUGCUUGUUUUUGAGGAGAGGGGAAAACUGACAGAAGUACCCUGAGAAAACCUUCCACAGCUAAAACCAACAUCAAACUCAACCAUGUGACAUCACCCCCAGGGUUGGAAGCUGGGCUGCACUGUAGCUAACUGCUUUGCAGAUCUGAUGUGUUUCACCAUGAAAUUUUUUUUCUUUAGGUGUCAAGGCUAUUUCGACAUGGAAACAGAAUAACAUUUAUAAGAGAUCUUGAGCUGCGUUUGGCUGAAGUAUUGGCUAUGAAAGGUUUGUGCUUGUGUACAGUGUACAUGCAUUUUUGAUGUUCACUCCUAUUAAAAGUAAUUGGACAAUUUAAAUAAUCCUUCGGCUUUAAAUGUUUGUUAGAAAAAAUGAACCUCAAAACCCCCUUCCCCUAGUCUUGGUUGUAUUGCAGCUUAUUUCUAUGUCUGUCUGGAGUAUGGCGUUUUUCUUGUAUGUGAAGGUUAGGGUAGACUGGCAUCCCAUCCCCGAGUUGCUUCUUUCUCAUGCCCUUCGUUUUUCUCACAUCGGCGAGCGCGAAACGCGAGUGACUGGUGACGAAGCGCAAGGGACCAUGGGAAAGAGAAAGAAAAGGCGCGAAGCUAAGCGCGAAGCCCGUUUUCUCCUUCCCGCCUUCUUUUGCACGCAAAUGUUCAUCGAGAGAGAAAGAGAGACGUCUGGGUACGAGACAGCUCCCGGAGGGAGUAACAAUACCUCUAGAUGCUUCAUGUUAGCCCCUUGACUUAUUCAUAUACAGGCGUUACCUAUCCUUUUUCUUGUACGUGCAGGUGGGGUUGGAAUGCAAUCAGAUACCUUUAGUUAAGCUUCUUUUUGAGGAGUCCAUAAUUUGACAGAUCAAAUUUUUUCAUGUUUUUAAUCAGUGGAAAGCUCCAAUUGUGAAAGGCCUUGUGACCAGAGAUCCGAGGUAUUUACACUUUUAAUUGCAACAUGUAAAUUAUAUUUGUACACGAUUAUUAGCACUGGAUUAUACUAUAUUCAAAUUCAUAUCAUUAACAUCCAUAACAUUUUUGCCAUAUCACAACAAGUCCACUUCGGGGCAGCGGAACCCCAUAGCUAAUAGGAAAUGGAAACCUAUUGAUCCGAGAAAAUUUGGUUAUGGCGUGAGCGUACGCCCAAACGACCGUCCGUACAGACUCUGAGGGUACGUGCAGCACCUAGAAAUUUGUUUGCCCACAGACUACUUGCCUGCAACUAAAGCGUUUAUCAUUUCAGUUAACUAAAGUUUUAAAAUUAUCGUGUUCUUGUACUGCCGCCACAAAAUGAAACACAACUGUUGUCAGGGUUGUUUUUCUGUUUUUCAAAACUGAAUUGUUUAUUUGGUUUUGUGUCGAGGAAAUUGUCGCAAAGGGAUUCAUCGAUGGCUGCGUUUUUGACAAAUUGAUGCAGGCUCCUUACGACGGACUGAAAGAAAAAUCGAUGAAUAGUUUAUGAAAUUAUGAUAUUUAAAAUGAUCUUUUUGGACAGUUAUGACAGUAAGGCAGUAACUAUAAUUUAUGUUUAAUUUUCUUAGGACACGGAAAAGAGCAAUUUAAGUGAAGAUUAUGACUACAUCGUCAAGGAGACAAGGAAGUUGAUAGAAGUACUCAAACCCCACGUGGUAAGGGUGAAUGGAAGUGACGAGAGGACACACCUAGAGGCAACCAGUCGUCUAUAACAUGAUCAAGCUAUCAGUUAACCCUUUCACUGCCAGAGUGCUUGAUGGAGAUUCUAUGGUGACUCUAACUUUUGAGUCUGUGGAUGAAAUCCUACGAUGUGACCAUUCAAUUGAAAGCUCUCUGCCUGUACUUUCACACAAUGCUAUUUGUUUUAAAAAAUUUCACAAGGUGAAAUGUGGACAUUUGGUUGAAAUUUGCUUUUGAUUAAAUUUGGCAGUGAAAGGGUUAAGGAAACAAAAUGGACUGGUUUGUUAGCUAGGAUCCGCGCCCUUUUUCUAAAAAAAUUGUGAUUGCAGUAUUUGAUUUCGGACCUGAAAAGCACGCUCUCCAUUAUACCAGGCAUGAUACAUGGACGGACAGCCAAGAAGAGGGACAACAACUUAACAUGGCCACACAGUGUGUCUUCUGCGAAAUGACAACUUGGCGGAGGGGGGGGCGGUAAACACUUCAGACUAAGCGAGGGAUUUUGCAGGUUUUGCCCUUGGUCGAAUGUAGUUUUUGUUAACUUCUAAGUGUCCAGACUGUGCUACCACACCUUUCAACCACUGUGUUGUUAUAACUAUUUCUUUUAGUUCAAGCAUGAUAAGUCAUUUUUGUUUGCUUGUAUUGUAUAAACGCGAUUCCACUCUUCAUAAGACUUAAGCGACCACCCAAAAUGCGAAGACUCUGUUUUCGCUCGCGGGAUGUAGCCUGAGACAGGCUCUCAGAUAGUAAGAUGUAAUAAGAUGCGGCGAUCUGGGGAAGAGGGCCACGCCCUCUCUUUCUCUUUCCCGUUUUUCGCAUCUUUUUUACUGCACGACUACACCAUCUUUGAGCCUGGAACAGGCUACUUACGGGACGUAGUCGCGUACGAGAGUCAACCCACAGGAAGUGACCUCGCAGAAGAGUUCCAGAGACAUCUACUUUCUGAAUGAGAAUUCAUUGUAUUCAAUUUCUGGGUUAUGGUAUGUGUAUUUCCAUAUUGUCACUAAAAGUUCUUCCUAUGCUUUGUUUAUCGCGGUGCAAAACGAUCAACCCAAUAGAUCUUUUUCACGCACGUGAUCAGGUGGCUUUGCAAAUUCCGCGGAACAAAAGAAAGUUUCUACGUGAGAAAAUCUUACAAUAACCACAGGAUUUUUUUGGGUUUACCCGCAUGGCCGUCGUUUCAUUGUUUUACACCCUAAUAUGGCCGCCGUGAAGUAAUGCGAAAACGAUCUUAUAAAGCGGUCGCGGUUGCUUACGAGAGAUGGUUGCCUAUGAGAAGUUCCAACUGUUUGUCAUUGACUGAAAAAAAUUUGGCAUUUUUGGCCAAGUGGUGGCCUGUAGGAGGCGGUCGCAAAUGGAGGUUAGAAUGUAUUAUUAUGGCCGGCUGAAGGGACAAGAUAAGAAUUUGAUUAUAAUUUGAUUUAAUUCGAUUUAUUUAAUCAAUUAAUUGUUUUCUGUGAUUACCAGCAUGACUCCAAGAUUGUGCAGGAGUUUAAAAGACUUGAAAACCUGGCUGAAGGGAGGAGUCGCAGUUGCACUGAUACAACAGUCUACUCACUUAUAAAACGCGGGAAAAGCUGUCUCAAAUCACCUUUACAACCUCCUUUACGCAGAGGUAAUCAAUUCAUAUGUGGUAUCAUAGUUAAUAGAUUGGAAUGGUUAUGAAACCCGUCAGACGCCUUUGCUAUAUGUUUUUGUGGACUUGAAGGUGCACAAAGUUCAAUAGCGUUCCUAGCAUUUUGAUCUUAUUGACCAAUAAAAACGCCACAAUUUGCCAACAGAAAACAAGGGAUUGUGCACCUUCACGGAGCUUCCAACAAACUGCCACACCGUUUUUUUUAUAUUUGAUGUUUGUUGUUUUUCAAAACCAAUCUCCUCAAAUAACUAUGGUGGCAUUUUUGGUCCAUCAAAAUACUUUGUAGCAAAUUCUGUUGUUCUUUCUUAUUAGCAGUAGGUUCGGUACAUGUGAAGUUUGACGUUGCAACAUUCCUUAGUAAUUUUAAAUUCGUUUAAUUUGCAGCUGUUUCACUGCCUGAUCUAAAAAACCUGAGUGCAAACAGACAAGUGCAUUCAACGUUUAACGUAAGUACCUUCGGAAAUGAUUUUUAGAAACGUUUAACAGUUCUUUAGAAAGGAUUCGUAAAAUAUUUAGCCAUUAUUUAAUCAAGCUGAAUAUCGUCUGAAAAAUUAUGGAGAUCGAGGAGCGUGUUAUCCGCCGAGGCCGAUUAGGCCGACGAGGAUAACACCCUCCGAAAUCUCCAUAAUUCUUCAUAUGAUACGAAAGCCGAAUUCAAUAAUUGCUUUAUUAUUCAUUCAAAAUAAUUCCUAGUUUAAAAACAAGCUAAAGCAUGCUUACUUCCCGGAAUGUUAAGUUCAUCUUGAAUUGUUUUUUUAUCCGCAAGUUUAGGAGAUGAAGGGUUGUUCAGUGCUGCAAAUAUUCUCCAAAUAGCAGAUGUCGUCCGUCAAGUUGCCCUCUUACUUUUCUUGUUAUGUUUUGAGUCAAUAGUUCGCCUGUUUCUUCCUCGUGAAACGAGUGAAGUGUUCCGCCAUUUUGUACUUACUACCGAAACGACUCAGUCUCGUCCCCAGGUCUCCUCGAUUAACUGUUCAAAAAUCUAGCAAGUUUGCUGCACACUUGACGUCAUUUUUCACAUAUCGCAAAAUUCUUCCAAAUAUGGUCGGCAGUAUCUGGUUAUGAUAAAUUAUGCCUAGAAUUUUAGCCAAUCAGAAACGGAGAAAUAUUUUGAAUGAAAAAUAAUAGUAAUUAUGGGGAAUUUGUGGAAGGUCAUGGGGUCAAUUAUGCGAUUUCUCUGGAUAAGAUUUCGCCAGGAUAAUGAACAAUUUCUGUCUUUAAAUUCACAAAGUCUUCAGAAUAAAAUUCCAGGGACUUAGUAUCAGGUUUUCAAAGGAAAAAAGCCUCGAAUUAGUAUUUUCCUAUGUUUUCUCUAAUUUUCAUUGUUAAUAUUAUUGUCUUCGAGAAUACCGUAAAAUUCCGAAAAUAAGCCCCUCCAAAUAUAAGCCCCCCAAAUCGGUAACGCAAAAAGCCUUCCGUUAAAUAGCCCUUCCGAAUAUAUGCCCCCCAUGGGCUUGUACUCGGAAAAUUGCCCUCAAACACAAAGUAGAACAAAGCAAAAACGGGAAAUUCACUUCCAACUAUAAGGCUAGCCCAAUCGAUUUUGAAACGCAAAUUUCCCCCUUAAAAAGGGCCUUUGAAAACUAUAAGCCCCGGGGCUUAUUUUCGGAAUUUUACGGUACGUCAUUAGAUGCGAUAUUAGAUCAUUAAGCCAUUUCCGAGUUCCACAAACUGUCACUUUCAAAACGAGGCUAAGUGCAAACAUUUUGUUGUGAAAAUGAGUUUCAUUUGCGUGAGAAUAAAAACUAAUUUUCAGAUCAAUAGCUUCGCACUUUACCUCGCUUGGAAAAAAACUUGAGGAAACUUGGGGCCUGUUUACAUGGAGGUGGGGGACCCCAGGUAGGUGAGGUAACCCGCUUAGGUGGGGUAACCCGCCAGGCCAUCACGUUUACAUGAUAGGUGGAGUGACCCGCCAAAUGUUACCUCACCUACCUGUGGUCCCCCACCUCCAUGUAAACAGGCCCUUGGAAAUGGUCUAUUUAUUACACAACAUCACACCUCCAUAUCGUAUCAAAAUUAAAGCCCUGCUUUAAGGAUUUGUGAUGUGUCAUAACAUUAGAGAGGUUAAGCUUCACGUUUACGACAAACAGCAAACGCGAAUUUGUACCACGUGACCAAGUUUCCUCUUUACUUGUCGUUUACUGUUCAUUAUUUCUACAUGUAAAUUAGUAGUUUCCCGCAAUUUUUUACCCGUAAGAAUUGUUUUAAACCGUUUUUAUCUGCUCAUUUUCUAUUUUGAAAAAUUUUCAACUUGAAUCUGACGUUUGCCGUAUACGUGAAGCUUAAACUGUCUAUUAUAGACCUCUCUAACUUUGUAAAUUGGCUGCUCACAUGAUACUCUUCUCCCAUUAAUGUCCAGCAUCAAACCGUGAUUAAUUAUCACACGAAAAUAUUUGUAUGCUUUUCAGAUGACGCCCAAGUCCUGUUUGCCCUCUUACCUUAACAGUAUUAAACACCUAAGGUAGGAAAUAAAACCUAUAUCCAGUAACUUAGGCAAUAAAACUCAUAUCAUCAGUGAAAUGUUUCGUUGCUAUAAGUCCGCGAUGCUGAAUUAUUACAAAAAGUACAUGCACUAAUUGUAAAAAACGUAGCAAGCGUAUUGGAUUUAUAAGUACUUUCUCAUUUCUAGGAAAAUCGUUGAUGUAGACCAAUAGUGUGUACGCCUUUCAUUUCCGAGUUUCAAAAACUGUCACUUUUAAAACAAGGCUAAGUGCAAAAACCUUUGUAGUGUGAAAAUGGCUUUCAUUUUCACGAGAAAAAACAAUUAUUUUCAUAUCAAUGGCUUUGCACUUAGCCUCGCUUUGAAACAGAGACUACAGGUACUCGAAAAUGGCUAAAGGAGGCCGGGUGCUCAUGGUUUCAUUGAAAAUCAGUUUUUAGCGACAGGCAAAUUGACACACGAAUCCGGAUAUUUUUGUAACCGCACAUUUUUUUCACACGAAUCGUCCUUCCGGUGGCAUGAAACCACUGAAUCCGCUCACCAAACAGCAUCUUUCUAAGGGCCUGUAUACAUGGAGAUUGGGGACCCCAGAUAGGUGUGGUAACAUGAGGCGGGUUACCCCACUUAUCAUGUAAACAUGAUCAAAUAGACCUAAUGCAAAAAUGGCUGCUGGAUUAAUAUUCUUUGGUUUAAAUUAAAAUUAGCCUUGCUAGCCUCGUUCUUCAGGACAAAAUUUUAAAGAAUACAUCAUCUCAAGCGAGGCUAGUCAGGCUAAUUUUAGUUUAAACAAAAGACUAUUAAUCCAGCAGCCAUUUUUGCAUUGGGUCCAUUAAGAUGAGAGAUUAUAUGGACAGGCGGGUUACCCCACCUACCUGGGGCCCUCCACAUCCAUGUAAACAGGCCCUACGACCCCUCUCCAGAGUGGUUUAAGGCCCUGUCUACCCGAAUCCGGAUAACGGAAUAUGCAGUAUCAAAACUGGUGUCCCGGAUUCGUGAGGACAAGGCCUUCUCACAUGAAUAGUUUUGCACCUAGCCUCGCUUUUAUAAAGAGGCUGAAAAAUAACUCGGAAAUGGACUAUUUAUGAAUAAAACCAGCAAAUCAAAGCAAACACAGUAUUCUUCCAACAUUGACUUCAGUUUAAGACAAUUUUAUGAGUUGUUUUGUUCAGGCUACGGAUGUUGUUUUUGUCAUGAUGUAAUGACUUUGGAUGCAAAUAUCAACAUUUCGAGUGCUUUCAAAAGUUUUAUUCUCAAUAGGCCUUUUGCGUUAGUUGAUCACGUGAUCACGUGAAGAAAGCAGUUUGCUUUUGAAAAUUUUGUGAGCAGGAACUGAAAGAGCAUAUCAAAAUUAGAUAACCGUUAAAUUUCCAGCCUUAUAUUUCAAAAGUAGCGAUAUGCAACGGUCACCGAAAAUUAGAACGAUUUGUGCGGGAAAAACAACUUUUGCCACCCAGUCACGCUUGAGUGGUUUUCCAUACAAAUCCUUGAAGAUAUCGAAAUUUUCAAACUGUCGUAAAAUAUUUCUUUCCGCAUAAUGGGGCUCAAGUCUCCUUUUUAUUCAUAACAGGCAAUUUGAGCUUUUAAAUGCGUAAGGGAAAGAUUUAACAAAAGUUAAAAAAUUUCAAAAUUUACAAGGAAUUGAUAUGAAAAACCACCAAGCUUGACUGGGUGGCAGGAGUUUUUUUUUCUCAUAAAAGUCCUAAUUUUCGGCGGCGGUUGUAAUCGCUACUUACCAGAUAUACGGCUUAAAAUUUUCAUGUUGCUAAAUUUUGAUAUGCUCUUUCAGUUCCUGCUAACAUGAUUUUCGAAAGGCGAACUAUUUUCAUGUUUACUGAAAGUUGAUCAUGUGACCAACUAUUGCAAAAGACCUGUUGAUGUCUGUUCCUACUAGAUCAUAACACAGACGAUAAUUAUUUAAUAUUUACUUUUUAUGGCAAAUUGGGCAGCUCUGAUUUUGUUUAGUUUUGGUAUUCAGACAUCUGCACGAGCUGUGUGAGUGGGGAGCUAAAGAAGGACUCAAUAGAUUACGCACCAUAUUGAAGGUAUUCAAGUCGUGAAACGUAUUUUUUAUCGUGGUUCCUUCUUUUCCUUACAUAUUAACAAUUCCGUCACAUGUUCGGAAUAAUCUCCGAGCGUUUCUAAAACUGCGCGCCUUGUUUGAGAAAACGGAAAAAAUUCUCGUGACCUCAUUCGUGAGUAUCUACUUUUAUAGAUCAUAGGCAACGACCAAUCACAUUGCGCAUAGCAUUUGGUGCAUUAUUUAAGUCUUAACAGACACAGGAAACGUCCAACCACAGCGCGCAUAGUAUUCAAGUAACUUGUAUAAAAGAAAAUAUUGCAGGGAGAUUCAUUCGAAAGCCUGGAAACAGCGGCUAUAUUCUGUUUUGAAAACGAUAAUUUCCAAAACCAGUUAUUUUGGUUGUUCACCAUGUUUUCUUCUUCUUUUUUUUUUCAUAUGUGAACUGAAAGUACUACAGCAGAGAAACAGCAGCACUUUUAAUAGAGCAAACAGAGACAAGUCAUCUUGGUGAGAUUAAACUUUCUAUUUAGCAGUCACUCCUAACUAUGCUCUCACACACGCUGCUAGUUUUAGGAAAUUUAAACUUUUUGUCAAACUGUUCAACUGUGGCUCAACCCAGCUAAAUGGUUGGUGAGUCGGGUUAUAGUUUUUCUUAACUCUCUGGUGAUUGCUAAACGCUUUCAAAAGUUUGUUUCUUCUAAAUGGUGAUUGGGAAUACUCCAGCUCGUGUCCAAUAACUGGGCCGUUAUUAUUUCUAAGGUCAACGCAAUUUGAAAACUGGACACAAUGACAUUCAACUAUAUUUGUACUUUAUUUCAGACCAUUUUCCUUCGCUUCUGACAAUUGGUCGGAGUGUAGUUUGUAAUGUCCUUCACAAGACCGACUUGUAAGUUCAUUUAAUACAUAUACAGUCAUAGUCUGUUUUGAAAGAUAGAUUUAUGAGCCUACCUUUGUUAUCGCAGCCCCAACAACCUAACUCAUAUGCCUUGGUAGUAACCGUGCUUACAUUGUGAACGGCUCCUCCUAAAAUGUUAGUCAGUUAGCUUCAAUUAGUACAGCAUUUAAUGGAGCCGGAACCAGUUGUGGAAUUACACACUUUUUAGGCAUCCUACUAACGAGUAGUUUCUUCUUUUAGACACUUCCGGCAACUACAAUUUGCCGGUUGUGCCCUUUGAUUUGCCAGCCAUAACUUUAGCCCUUUUUAGCUAGUAGUUAAAAAAAAGAAUUUCAGUCAAAAAACAGUUUUCAAUGGCUCCGAAUGCGGUAACACCAAAAUCAGCUACUCUGACAAACACAACAGACCAAUGAACCUUUUAACAAAUGAGCCAAUCAGAAUGAGAUGCGAAUAGAAAACUUGUGCAAUCAGCUCACCAAUUGUUUUAUUCCUGAUUGCUUGAGACAGUGGCGGAAAUAUUUUAGCUAAUUACGAAUUGAGCAAAUAAAAACCAAGGCAAUCGCUCCACACAUGUCCAAUAUACACAAACGGAUACGAUUCGUCAAACCGAUGGUCCAAUGGUACGGUUGGUACCAAUAGAAAAGGAUGUCAUUCCAAUGGUUCUGUUGGUGAAUAUGCAUCUCAUUAAGGGGACUUAGAUUAUUUCCUCAUGUGAUCUGGCUGGGUACAGGGCAAUUCCAAUGGUCCAUUGGUACCAAUGGUACGAUUGGUACCAAUGGAAAAGCACCCUAUUCCAAUGGUUCUAUCGGUGAAUAUGCCUCUCAUUAAGGGGACUUAGAUUAUUUCCUCAUGUGGUCUGGCUGGGUACAGGGCAAUUCCAAUGGUCCAUUGGUACCAAUGGAAAAGCACCCUGUUCCAAUGGUUCUAUUGGUGAAUAUGCAUCUCAUUAAUAAGACUUAGAUUAUUUUCUCAUGUGGUCUAGCUGGGUACAGGGCAAUUCCAAUGGUCCAUUGGUACCAAUAUUCCAGUGGUUCUAUUGGUGCAAAACAAGUUCGCUUUUACACCAAGUAAAAACGCGCUAAUAAUUAUUAUGAAUAUUCCCCGUUCUAUAAGCCAACCAAGCAAUGACAAGUUUGCUUUUACACCAAGUAAAAGCGCGCUAUAAUUCUUAUGAAUAUUCCGCGUUCUAUAAGCCAAUCGCGCAAAACAAAUUCGCUUUUACACCAAGUAAAAACGCGCUAAUAAUUCUUAUGAAUAUUCCUCGUUCUAUAAGCCAACCACGCAAAACAAGUUGCCUUUUGCACCAAGUAAAAACGCGCUAAUAAUCAUUAUGAAUAUUCCUCGUUCUAUAAGCUAACCACGCAAAACAAGUUCGCUGUUACACCAAGUAAAAACGUUCCAUAAUUCUUAUGAAUAUUCCUCGUUCUAUAGGCCAACCACGCCAAAACAAGUUCGCUUUCACACAAAGGAGAAACGCGCUAAUAGAUACAAAGCGAGGGCGACCUAUAUAUCUAGCGCUAAUAAUAUCUCAAGGUGCUGCGAGUAUAACAAACAUCGUACGAACUUUAAAAUUGAAAGGUAACGCGUCACUGUCGUGUUCGUUCUGUUUAUUGUGAUUCACGAGCAAACAACAACAUGACAUAUGAAUGUCUUCUUUCCUGUACGCAAGCACUAUUUUUUGGUAAUUCCUAUUUGUUUAAAAGAACCCGAAACAACGCGGAAAGGUGCGAAACUAGCAAAGUGGUAUUGAAGCAACAGGUUUUAACAAGUGUACUUAACUCACUGUGAAAUUAACUUCUAAAAUUACUUAGCGCAAUGUCAUUAUCUACAUGGAAGUGUUUAAACCAAAACAAGUUUUCAAUGAAGGGUGGUUAUAUCAUGUUGUUGGUUAUGACUUUGUAUUGUAUUUGGUGGCUCCUAAAAGAGCCGUUUUAUAUUCAAGUGACUGAAGAAAAUAAUCUAAGUCCCCUUAAUGAGAUGCAUAUUCACCAAUAGAACCAUUGGAAUAGGGUGCUUUUCUAUUGGUACUAAUCGUACCAUUGGUACCAAUGGACCAUUGGAAUUGCCCUGUACCCAGCCAGACCACAUGAGAAAAUAAUCAAAGUCCCCUUAAUGAGAUGCAUAUUCACGAAUAGAACCAUUGGAAUAGAGUGCUUUUCCAUUGGUACCAAUCGUACCAUUGGUACCAAUGGACCAUUGGAAUUGCCCUGUACCCAGCCAGACCACAUGAAAAAAUAAUCUAAAUCCCCUUAAUGAGAUGCAUAUUCACCAAUAGAACCAUUGGAAUAGGGUGCUUUUCUAUUGGUACUAAUCGUACCAUUGGUACCAAUGGACCAUUGGAAUUGCCCUGUACCCAGCCAGACCACAUGAGAAAAUAAUCAAAGUCCCCUUAAUGAGAUGCAUAUUCACGAAUAGAACCAUUGGAAUAGAGUGCUUUUCCAUUGGUACCAAUCAUACCAUUGGUACCAAUGGACCAUUGGAAUUGCCCUGUACCCAGCCAGACCACAUGAAAAAAUAAUCUAAAUCCCCUUAAUGAGAUGCAUAUUCACCAAUAGAACCAUUGGAAUAGGGUGCUUUUCUAUUGGUACUAAUCGUACCAUUGGUACCAAUGGACCAUUGGAAUUGCCUUGUACCCAGCCAGACUACAUGAGAAACUAAUCUAAGUCCCCUUAAUGAGAGGCAUAUUCACCAAUAGAACCAUUGGAAUACUGUGCUUUUCUUUUGGUACCAAUCGUACCAUUGGUACCAAUGGACCAUUGGAAUUGCCCUGUACCCAGCCAGACCACAUGAAAAAAUACUCUAAGUCCCCUUAAUGAGAUGCAUAUUCACCAACAGAACCAAUUGAAUAGGGUACUUUUCCAUUGGCACCAAUCGUACCAUUGGUACCAAUGGAGACCCUUCUUAUCGCCACUAACACCAAUGGAGUCUAUUUGUGAGUAUUGGACAACCCUCGCCGAAGGAGGUCGCAUGGCCGAGGGGUCAGCGCGAUGGACAUGUAAUUCCAAAGUCUAGUUGAAUGUCAGUUACCUGUUGCACUAUCGUGAUGGAUUUGUAUCUCGAAAUCCCCAAAUUAGCACAGUUGUUAUACGUGCAAAAACCCCUUCCAAGGAAAGAGUAAUUCAAAAAGUACCUACUUAUUUUGCUCAUUCUACUUUCUACACAGAAUUGAUAACCACUCUAUGUGCUUAUUAUGUUGUGUCGAUUUGCUUUUCAUUUUUGUGAGCAGAAAAUGCAUCAGCAAAAAUUGGCCAAAAAAGUCUUGCCAAGAUCCUCCAGCGGACGGAUGUUUCACAAGAAAAUCAUCUGUAUGUAGAGGUUUAUUAGCGUAGCGCUUUUUAUAUAAAAACGAAGUUAAUUGUCCUGGCUAGUUACAACAGUAGGAGAAAGUUAAAUUAGCCUGUGAGAACUCGAGCUAAAAGGCGUGAAAUCUCGCCCAAGUGUGGGAGCACUCGUUUGAAAGCAACGACUGUUUUUUUUUUUUUUUUUACCUUCAGUGACCAUUGGACUAUAAGGAAGUAGCACAAGAUAUUCGGCUUAUGAAAACCAAAGCGAUGAAGAACUAAAGAUACCAGAAAUCAUCCGUAGCUGAGACGUUUUUUGUUCAAAUGCGUUUCAUUUUUUGUUAAAUGAACAGGGUUCUUUUCAAUAAAGUAGCCUGGAAUCUUUAAGAAACCCCUGUUUCCAUUGGCCUUUAAAAACACAUACACGUUCGCUCCCGGUUAUGAGUGUUCUUUGGUUAUUCAUCUAUUGUUUCAUAAGCAAAACCCCCCUCGUUCCGAGAUGUCCUUGGCACCCCUUAAAUUUUGUAAGUGUUCUCGAAACCUUCUACUCGUGUCACCUACCAGGCGUGAAAAAAGGCUUCAUCAAAGGGUAAGCGCUCAGCCUUCUAAGGACUAAUUCCUCGCAGAUCACAUUUGAGAGGAAUAUCAGAAAUUUUCACAACCGCCUGUUAGAAAGAGGCUACUCUGCCGUUAUUUCAAGAAAGUACCUUUCUGAGGUAAAAUUUGGCGACAGGAAAACAGCCCUACAAGAGAGAAACAAAUCCGCAAGCAAAAAACUUCUACCUUUUGUUACACAAUACCACCCGGCUUUACCUAGCCUGAAGAGAAUACUUAUGGGGAAAUGGCACCUUAUACAAAACCAGCAACGACUAAGAGAAAUCUUUAAGGAGCCUCCACUCAUAUCUUCUCGCAAGGGAAAAUCUCUUAAGGACCUAUUAGUUAGAGCGAAGUUCUGAAGGUUAUACUGCUUCUAAUACGACUUAAUGCAGGAGUCGUGUGAUGCCCGUCGCUUAUUUUUAACCAUGUCCCUUCUGAGGCCUAUAUGGACUUAGUUCACCGUAAGUUUCUCCUGCAUCGAAGGUUACAGCGUCCAAUCGAUAUUUGGAAUGCCGUGCGUUAGAAUGCUGUCUCCUUGAGUUGGUUGCUGUUUUUCCUAAAUUUAAAGUUUGUGUGUAUUUCAGAAUACCAGCUUGUACAGUUUGGAAUCGUUCCAGUCUUGUUUGGAGGAAGAAAUGGUGGGAUCUUUUAGAUCAACUGAUGGUAUUAUCUCACCAUUUUCUCCAUCGUAAGUUGCUCAGCCAACAAACUUGGAGGUUUCAUGCAUCGUGUGUGAAGUGCACAAAAGUUUACCCGCUUGAGGAUUUAUUUAGAUUUGUUUUUAUUUGCGAACCCAAAUGCUCCAAGAAUAAAUACCUUUUAGACAUAUAAACGUCUGUUAUCGUCGUAAGAAAAAAGUAAUAACGCUGUCUGGUGAAGCACACUUGAGAGAUUUCCAAGAGCUUUAAUCAACCAAGUUGUCCUCAUCAACUAAGAUAAGUUCUGCUGAGAUUUGAAAAAAUUCUCAUUUCUUUACAAAGAAUACUACAGGCAUUUGAAGAUAGAGAAAUAAAAAAAUGAACAAAGAAAAAACUUCUGUAAUAUUGAUGCUGGAGUAGUCCAAAACUGUGUAAGUGAGGUAAGAAAAAAGGUUUCGUUGUGACUUCUCGCCAAUUAAGAAAGUGAGGGAAAGUAAAAGUGGCUCUUACUUGCUAGUUUGGCAAAGGGGGAACACUUACGUAGGGUAGGUAACUUCACUUGGCCCACGUUUCAUAUGUUACUGAGGUUUAGACUUGGCAAGGCUUUGUCCUUGAUAGUUAAAUUUUGUUUCUCUGUACAUCUUAUUGCUCUCUUCGAAGUGCCAUGGCUAACUGAACUGUCUCUUGUUAGAUCGUCAUUCCAUGCUGACCUGCAAGGAGGUGAUAAACUCGAAUCCUCAAGUUAUGGCAGCUCUGAUGAUUCCAGAACAGAAAACAGCGAUGUCAUGUCGGUUCAUUCAGAUUCGUCGGUUGCUACUGCAAGAGAGAGGCUAUUGUCGACGGAAUACACCUUAGUUGGUGAAGAUGCUCCGUCCGAGGGAACCCAUCCGCGCUUACGAAGAAUACGAAGUACAGUCUCGGAAGAGAAAACUGAAAUGCCUCAUAGUCCACCGAGUGGCUUAAGUCGUAGUUUAGGAAGUAUUAAUACAACUUUCUCUGACGCUGGAAGCUUGCGAUUUCAGCGCACACAUAAUGAAACUGUUCCGCACAUUCCUAUUGUGCGGAACAACAUUUCAAUUAAAAUGACUUCACCAAAGGGAGAUAAAGUCCCUGUACCAGCGGGGUGGAAGCUUCCCCCAGGAGUAUGAAUAGUAGAAACAAUUUAUCAGUUAGAAAUGCGUUCAUACGAUCCAAAAGUGACGGAAGUUCCGGCAGUUCGUCACCAUCAAGAGAAGAGAAGCUGUCUCCAAAACGUCUACCUUACAGUGCUAGGUAAGACGUGUUACAGUUGCUAGACACUUUUCGCAUGUUCUCUUAUUUAGUUAAUCUGAAGUUACAGCAGACCCUCAAACCCAGUUUGAACUGAUCUUGUUUCAAUACGUGGUAUGAAAUCGAUUUACCGCUUUCGGACUUGCCUGAUGGGGAAAGGAUCAAAUAGGACUUGAAAGUCGCAUGUGGGAUACCCAUCUAACCCAUCUAAUGCUUAACAGGAUUGAAACAGACCGCAUUGGCCAAAAAGGGUGCUGCACAUCCAGAGUUUUUUGAUUGAGCUCGCUAGAAGCAUUAACACGCAACGAUUUCCUUGAAAAACUGAGGAUUAAAUGGAAAUCCCAAGAUGAACUCAAUGACCGCGGGUAGUCAUAGAGAGGCUUCGUAGUAUACCAUCCUUUCUUAUGACUUCAUGCCAGGGUUAUACUGCUUCUUAUGAAAUGAAUCUCGCGCUUAAGAUUUCUUGUGUUUGGAUUGAUUUAGGGGCUCACACUUGCAGUCUUUACCUUAACAUAAUUGCUUCAAGAGUUUUGGCUAUUCAUUAAGUUGAAUAUAUUCUGCUGAAAAAUUACUAAUAAUUUUAUUAGUUCACUAAAGCUUUUGAUUGUUGCGAAAAUCGAUAUGGCAGUGUAUGGUUUGGCAAGGUUUAGCGAAAACUGUGAUCAUUUGUAUUGCAUAAUACCAUAUGUGAUUUAUCCUAGACCAGAAAGGGUUCGACUUCGAUGCUUUGCUGAAGAGGUUUCUCAACCACUCGAAACAUACACAGGUAACACAAGUUAUGGCUCCCUGAGUCUAGUACAACAGCUGUUGCCAAGUGCUUUUUCCUAUUGCAUUAUUCUGGGAAGGCUGCAACUAGAGUCUUAUUGUCUGUCCAAGCCAUGGGCCUUUUAUGUAAAUACUACUUGCUCUUAUUACUUUACCAGGUUCUAAUUUGUUGCUGUUGCGGAAUAACUGGAGUUGUGGAGUUCAUCUUCUCUAUGCUCUUCUUUGUGGAAGACCUGUAGUUGUUCUGGGCGAGCCUCGAAAUGAAAGGUUUGUUUCUUUUGAGCAACAUCCAAAUGACGCUGUUUAACACUAUGUCAAUUUGAAGCAAAGUUCAAACAUGGAAAUUUCGAUGAAGUAUAGUUCCAAGUAGUAAGAAAUGUUGUUAUACUGUAACUUAAAGGCAGUGUUCCCUAUAUUCAGCAAGUUUUAAGUAUGAGCCUUUGUUGAAACAUUUAGGAAUACUAAAGAAUAGCUAAUUUUUUUUAACUAUUUUACGAUCUCUUGAAGGCAAGUGCAACCGCAAGUCCUGAACUAGGACUUACAUGGAAUUCUUUGUGUUCUGCCAUUUGGCUUUUUCAACACCCCAAGUGCAUUCAUUCGACUCACUAAAUUAUUUUGCAAAUUGUUUAAGGUGACAACAGGAAAUCAAAACCUAGUGAGGAAUGCAGGAGUGAUGUGCAUAUUCGUAAAAUACCUUUUCUUCAUGAGGCCGUGAAUAGUUUUUACUGGGUUUUCAUGUUACUUUAUUGCUUUAUUUAAGGGAAGUGAGAGUACUUGUUUCUGCUUUGUGGAUGUUCGUGCCAGAAAAUAUGAGGUUCGUUGGUCCUCUUAUGUUAAUAACAAUUUGUUUUAAAAAACAGAAGGGUUGAAUGCUGUUCUUUUUCUUUCAUGAUACCCCACCCCCCCUAGGCGUGAAGAUUCUUGUGUCAUUUCAAGGUGGCACUCUCCUUGCACUUUGCGGGAGAUGGUCAGUGAACGCCUUUUUCUGUGAGAGGCAAUGUAUUUAGCAUAAAAGUAUUCCUGUGUGGUCAUCCAAGCCAUCGAAGGAUCUGGCCAUUUGCAGGGCGACGGCAGUACCUUCAUUUAAGACCAUGAGUACUGGUCCGGUCCGGAAUUCAAAUCCUUGACCUCCCGCCCUGCAGUCAAGCGCUGUACCGACUGAACUAGUCUUUUUGCGUUUCGUGUGUGGUUGGCUUUAAUGGAUGAACACCUAGAAAUAAUCUCUUUUGCAUAACAAUUCUCCUAUUGUUAAGGUUCUUUAGUCGGAAGCUUUAAUUUUAUUAAAAUUUUGUUUUGGAAGAUAAGAACCACCUGUGCAGCAUGACGAGCCGGUACAUUGACGAAGAAAAGCACCCUUCUUUUGCUUUUAAUCGGGUGGGAUUCCAUCUCCUGAUUUAGAUGAGCGGUGUGCAACUCAGCAUUUUCCUUCUAGAGCAAGGGCUUAUGAGCUUCUUGUUCUCUUACUUUCGGUAUUUUGUAGUUGAUUUAUGCUGUUGCUUUUCUUCCAGUCAUGGUAGGGCAGUAGCUCCCUGGAGGACCAAGCCACUCCAGAUUGCUGAUCUUUCAUGGUGAGUACACUAAAGGGAGAUUCAGGCCUAAUAGCCCGUUCAAAUUAGAUCUGAACUCAAAUUUUCCUCACGAAUACACGAGCUCCAAAGCACCUUUGAUGGCCUUAUAGUAGACCAAACAUGAAGUACGUAUAAAACAACACCUGCUUCCAUAGUGGGCAGAAGUGGCUCAAACGUUUUCGGCAAGAGUUGAUACGAAAGUGGCUGUUUUUAAAGCGAUGAUUAAUGAAAGUUUAAUUCAAUUUAAAUUUGUUUCAGUGCACUUGGAUUAAUCUUCAAAACACGAACAGCUGCAGUGGUUUAUGAAGUAGCGAAGCACGAGAGUUUUGAGACUUGAUUAUACACGUGAUGUGAUGGGUUUAAAUAGCUGAAAAACAUUUCCCCCCAUUUCUAGUACUAUUGUUGUUAGUAAUACGGGCACCUAGUUAAGCCAUGCAACUUUUUCUUCUUUAAUGUUACAACGUUUUCUUAACAGGCUGAAACUCGCUGGACUUGCCAAGAGUAGGCACCUCAACAUGGUCCCCAAAUCUGUAAAGGUGACGAUAACUUGCACCUUGUAUGCUUUUAAACUAAGACAAGGAGUAUAGGCUAAAAUUAGCCAUUUAGACCCCCUCUAUACAACAACUUGUUUAGCCUAAAAUUUGAAAAGGGUAUUAUUUUCUAAAACCUAUUUUUAAAAAAAAACAAUUUUGUACACUUUGGCUAAUAAGGUAAGUCAACAUUCAGGAUCCUCUUCGGUAGGUGCCUUAAUACAUAAACUGCAGGAAUGAGCUGAAUACCACUUUAAAAUACUCUUAGCUACAAUGUAUUUCUUCUUCAGAAAAUAAGAACCUAUUUAGGAACCUAAAUAGCUUAAAUUUUUGCAAAUCAUCAUUUAUGUAAGAACCUGUUUUGGCUAACUUGGUAAAAUGCGGGUUCUUAGUUGUGGGUUUUUACUGUAUUUAAAGGUCGUAAAAUGGUGUUAAAUGCCCUGGUAUUUUUUAUUUUAUAGAGAUAUGUGUCUCUGCUGGAUUAUGAAAAGGAUCUUAUUGUGACACCGCAAUACAAGGUAUACGUGUAGGUUUCUGUCAGAAGUCCGAUGUGUUUAAUUACGAAUACGAUUAUUGACAGACUUGGAGGGAUGAAAUUCUGUUACUAAUUUGAGAAAGAUACAGUGGUAUUCUAAACGCUGUAUUUUAUUAGAGGACAAGAGUUUUGUGUUGGAUGUAAGGUAUUUUUUCGUGGAUUUAAGUUCUAUUUACACAACGCUAGAGUAAAACGUGUGAGAAGGUAGCGAAUUUAUUGAGUAAAAGGUCGAGAGGCGGAACCUAAUCAUGAGCAUUCCAGAUGGUAAAAUCUUUUGCACGCUUUGAAGAAAAGCAUUCGAAUGCCUUUACACCGCCCAUUUCUCAAUGUGCCUGUUUAAACGUACUUGUAACUUCGUUAUCUUAGUUCUUAUCCUUUGUCAAUAUGUUAUCGUUUUUACUUUUUAUCCUUUUUAAUCUACGUAAAUCGUACAUUGAUUUUGAUGAUGAUGUCGAUGAUGAUAUGGAUGAUAGUUAUUAUUAUUAUUAUUAUUAUCAUUAUUAUUGGGAUGUACAUAGAAAUUUUUUUUUUUAGUUUAUAGACAGUUGUUUACAUUUGCUCUGUUGAAAACCACCAGACCACCAAGAAGUCCUUUUUAACUAUAGUUAUACUAAAUUUGUAUGUAAUUUUCAAUUUGAGAAGAGUUUAAUAAAUUAUGUUUUUUUGAUAAAAAUUAUUAUUAUUAUUAUUAUUAUUAUUAUUAUUACAAAAUGAAAGUCAGUAUAGUCUUCUGUGCUAAGUCUAUCUCUACUUAUUUGCCUUUAUUUUUCUACAGGGACACUACCUUCGGUCUUUUUGCAACUACGCCAGUAAGUGGCCAGUAAGUAUCUGUUGUGAAUACAUUUACGUCGUUAGUUUAAAUAGGCCAUUUCUGAGUUGCCCCAAGCUUCUGUUUAAUACCAAGGGUAAAUGCGAUAUGAUUUUUAUUCUCGUGUAAAUGAAACUCAUUUUCACAAGGACUGAUUUGCACUUAGUCUCAUUUUGAAAAUGAGCCUUUGAAACUCGGAAAUAGCUUAUUCUGAAAUAAAAUGGUAUGUUCAUUCAGUCUCCUUGUUUGGUCCUAAAUUUGAUCGUUCGCAUGAAGGUCAUGCAUUGGGUAUUAGUGGCUUAGCCAUGAAGAUAUGUACGCCAUAAGAAGCCUGUAAAAAAUAAUAAACAAAAAAACCUUCUUUACGACGGCCUGGUUUUCAAGGUCUUGCAGCCAGCCCUAAAACAAGCCAGCAUCUUGCACCAUAUAUUUCUUGAAUUUUCUCUUGUGAUGUGAAAGCCCGCAGCUAAGUCCCUAGCAUUAUUGGCUCGGUGAAAAGUGGACCCUCUGUGAGCGUCAUCGAGGGCUAUCGAGAGACUCGUUCUCACGCCCUUUCGUUUUCGGGCUUCACGCGGACAAUGGUUAAGUGAGAAUGCCCAGGGACUAGGCUGGAAUGCGCGCAGUCAUCGAACAAAAAUAGAAAGUGUAAAAGGGAGACAAGCACGAGGGAAAGUGAGCCUCGUCUACUUCGUGUACACGAAUCCACGCACCUGACGCCCUGAAAAUGGCGAUGUGCCGACAGAACAAAACGACUGUUUUGUGUAUUUUUGGAGGUUGCCGAAGCCAUUGUGAUUUAAUCAUUGUCUAGGCUCGCUCGGGAAAAGAGCUGGCGCUCCUUCCCCGAGAGGGUGGCGCAAGUCGAGCGGAAGUUGAGCCUAAUCAUUGUCUUGUGGUGUGGAUAUUUUGCAGAAUCUUUUAAAUCUUUUGUUCUUUUGUUUUACUUCAUUUUUUUAAAAAUUAUACCCUUUGGAACCCGACGAUACCGCCAUUGUUCCUUUUUUUUGGCUGCGACUAAACUGUGUAUGUGGAUUUAGUUAAUGACUUUUUGUUGUGUUUGCAGAGCAAUGCAGCACUCGUGGCGUUUGUUCACAGGUAAUCGAUUUCUCUGAUAAAAAUUAUAACAAGUGAUAAAUUUGGAAAUCCGGCACUUAUAGGUGAAGAUUUAGACGAGCAAUUUAUUGUGAACAUUAGCGAAAUGAGGCGACGUUUCGAAGUCACCCAGGGUUUAGUUUGACUCUUACGGACAAUCUUAUGAAUUCAACAAGUUUUGAUUGCUUUGAAUAGUAUAAAGUAACUCUAAUUGGACAAUUGCACGAUGACGUCAUUUUACUACAACUACCAGAAUCUUGAGUUUGUUGUUUUCUUGUGCAAAUUAAGGCUAUUGUUCUUUAAUCCUCAGCGGGAUUGACAAAUUUAAAUAACAAAGCAAACCGAAAUGAAUUCUGGCAGUUGUAGUCAAAUAUCGUCAUCGUGCAAUUAUCCUAUUAAAAGGUGACUUGUUAUUUCUUUCUUUUAUCCUUUUAUCUCUAAUUUUGUAGGGUUGCAUUGCACAUCACUGUAAAGAAACUUCUUAUUCGGCAUUAGCUAUAUAAUUAUCAAAAGCAAGACAUGAAAGAUCAUAACACAUAACUAACAAAAUAUGGUAUAACCAAAUGCAAUAACGUCAUAAAAAGCAGAAACAAGAAGAAAAGAAGCUUGAUAGGAAUAAAUUAAGCGCCUGGUAAGUUCAGUUGGGAGAGCGCCGGUCUGCUGAACGGGAAAUGGUGGGUUCAAACCCCGUCCGGACCAACACUCAGGGUCUUUAAAUAACUUAGAAGAAAGUGCUGGCUGCAAACGGUUAGAAUUUCUAGUCUUCUCGGAUAAGUACGAAAAACCUUAAGUCCUUUCUCACAGUACUUCCACUUAUCUCCUUCUUGUUGGACGUAAAAGAACCCACACCACUGUUCAAAAACAGUAGGGGACUUAGACCCCGGUGGUGUGGCCAACCUUUCCUGGGCUGGGUGGGUUAUCUAUAAGGAGAGAUCUUAAUAUAGGGAUAAUGUCAUGAUCCUCCUUCAGGUGUCAUAAUGGCUACCUGUAAACAGUUUUCAUCUGUAUGUGUGUAUGUAGCUGAUUCAAUAAAGGUUCCUUUGGGCAUCGAGAAUUGGCAAUUGGGUAUUUGGCAUUUUGGGAAAACCGAGCAACGCCAUGAUUUUUCUGAAUGACAACCAGUUUUCUGGUGUCCCAAUGCCCAAAGCAACCUUUAUUGAAUCAGCUAUAUGUAUUUCGAUAUUUUGAUAAUCCUGAAAACACUUUUGCAGUAAGCUAUAAUACUUAAGGGACUUCAGCGGGAAGGUGAAUUGGCAACCCUAAAGACGUUUUGAAGCUUUUUGAGCUUCAUCCCUUCUUUAGGCCGGAUCCCUGAAGGCAGUGGCGCUUCUACUUUAUUUCUAUUUUUAAGUAAUUUAAAUCUCUUUUUUCAUUUUAUAUGACAAGGUUAUUGUAACUAGAUGUAUACUUUUUCACCAAUGCUUUUAUUCUUUUUCAAAGUGUAUUUCUGGAGUUGGCAAGCAAGUCAUAUGUUUAUUAUUACAAUUAUUGUCUCGGAGGCCUUCAUUGGUGCUACUGUAAGAGGUAUACAUGUGGACUACUUACGGUCCCCGUUAAAUGGUUACUGAAACGGGUAGCGAUCAUGGUUUCCAAUGUGCCUAGUGUAACUAUUUGCGAAAGAGAACCGAGUCUACCUGGGGCCUCCCUUUCCCGACACUAUGCACACACAUGCCCACUCCCUCACUACUUUUGAAAACAAGAUGGUAGCCCGUUGUAGUGUUAACCACUCAAUCGACAUCAUUUUACGGGAAAAUAGCUGACUGGUAUCAGUCACAAGGGGGCCCAUCUAGAGGGGCUCCACCCCCCCUCCCCCUCCCACGUUGUAUACCCACACGCCCUCUCUCUCGGUACAUUCUGCAACGAAGGCAGCUUAUCAUAGCGUAAAGCGCUCAAGUUCGAACUUUUUGCGGAAAAAUUAGCUACCAGUUCAGAGGUUUGUGGUACAUUUGAGUCUUUGUUCAAUAUCCCAGGAGUGACAGGGAUGAAAGGUAGAAAGAAAUCUCAAGUCGCGUUCUAAAAACACGAAGUUAUUUUUAAGGUCUUUUUGACAACUCCUUUUUGAAUCACCACACAAAUGUAAAAUAAAUAGUGUUGUUUAGGUCGAAGCUGUCAUUCAAAUCCAGAAUUCGCUGUCAAAGGGUUUGUUCGAGGUGUUCAGAAGUUGCAGUUGUUAAAAAGUUUUUCGCUAUUGUUGUGACUCGUUGUUGAUUCGGUGCCAAUAGAUUUUAAAUCUUUGUAUAACUGAAAAAAAAUGCUUGCUAACCGAGGAGUUUCUAUUUACGCCCUUUUUGUAUUUUUCUCUCUUCAACAGCCAAAGAUCAUUUCCUGGUCAAGUAGCAGAGAUUAAGGUGACAUGAAUUUAAACUGUUUUUAAUAUCUAUUGCUGCAUUUGUAUAUCAGCUUUCCUUUUCACAAGUCCGACACAAAUAGCACUGCCUCUCUUUUACCUUAAGUUUAAACGAAGAAUCCGUUAAAUAAUCUUAAGUAGUUUCAUGUUUAAACCAAAGCUAAGUGAUUGUUAUCUACAGUCCAAAACGUUUUAUGGCCAUCAGUAGGCCAUUCCGAGUUCACAUAACGACGGUAAGUGCGAAACCUUUCUUGAAUGUGAAAAUUAGGUUUCUUUUAAGAAUAAAAAGAAUAACUUCAUAUCAAUAGUUUUGCACUUAGCCUCGCAUUGAAACAGAGGCAUGGAGCAACUCGGAAAAAGCCCAUUGAACCUGAGGGGACAUAGAUCCUUGUAGAGAUCUCCUGCUACUAGGUUAUGCUAUAAACCUUUACAAAUAGAAAAAUGAAGUGGCAGAUAAAAGAUUGAUUAAUUGAUUGAAAGCUGGUUGAAAAUAAGAAAAUCUUUGAAUCUAUAAAUUGACCUGAGGGGUUGUUUUUGCGUCAAACGUUGAUACUGCGACGAAGUAGGGGGAGUGGGAGCAGAGUGCUUGCCCGUAAAGUUGCUGCAGAAAGCUAAUUGUCAAUAAAAAAAAGUCCGUGUAUGUUAAGAGAUGCACCCACAGUCAGUGGCUCAGGCACCUCAGACGAAAAAAUUCGUGUUCUCCCAAAAAGCUCAAACUUCACCAUCACAUAUCUGUCAAUUUUUUUCGCUUUUAGAAAGUGGCAAUUUCUAAUAGACUCUUCAUGGUAGAUCUUAUGUUAAAGAGGACCAUUUUGUAGUCUCCUUCGCAGUCGCUGGGGCCAGAGUCACGCAAUGCUCCCCGCCCGUGCGAACAUGACUAACCAUUUUGUCGUCUUUUUAAAACCUGUCACAGGAUGCUUCUGAUGUUUUAAACAGACUCCGGGUUCACUUCUCCGAUGCAAAAAUCGUUCAGGUUUGUUGAAGCAUGAGAUUAGUUUACCAAAAGAGCUAAGCUCACGUAAUCUUGGCGAUGUAAAGCACUUGACAACUGGUUAUAGACACAAACAAAAACACAACUCCUACUACUGGCUUAGGUGAACAAAACUGAGAAGAUUAAAACGGAUAGCAUUUGGUUUCUUUUCCCGCACUCGGCAGUGGUUAUGUUUUCCCGCAUGUAAAGAAUUCAAGAAGUCUUGAAAUUUAGGAUUCCACGUUGUGGAUUCUGGAUCCCAGGUACUGGGUUCCGAAUUCUUGGUCAGUGGAACUUGGAUUCUGGAUUCCGAUCGUUUGUGGGAUUCCGGUUUCCGAUCGUUAUUGGAAUUCCGGAUUCCGAUCGCUAGUGGGAUUCCGGACUCCGGAUUCCAGGCGUUAAUGGGAUUCCGGAUUCCGAUCGUUAGUGGGAUUCCGGAUUCCGGAUUCCAGGCGUUAAUGGGAUUCCGGAUUCCGUUCGUUAGUGGGAUUCUCGAUUCCGAUCGUUAGUGGGAUUCCGGAUUCCAAUCUUUAGUGGGAUUCCGGAUUUUAAUCGUUAGUGGGAUUCGGGAUUCCGAUCGUUAGUGGGAUUCCAGAUUCUGAUCGUUAGUGGGAUUCCAGAUUCUGAUCGUUAGUGGGAUUCCGGAUUCCGAUCUUUAGUGGGAUUCCAGAUUCCGUUCGUUAGUGAGAUUCCCGAUUCCGAUCAAUAGUGGGAUUCCGGAUUCCAAUCGUUAGUGGGAUUCCGAUCAUCUGUGGGAUUCCGAAUUCCUUGAGCUGUAUUCCAAAUUCCAAAGCUCAGGCCUCUUUUUUUUCAAGAGAUGGAUAGCACUAUCCAGUGGAUAAAUAUUAGGGUUCAAGCCAAUUACACUAUCCAGUGGGUAGAGAUUUAUCCAACGGAUAGCGUUAUCCACCUUUUGAACGACUGGGGCCAGGGUUCUGGAUUCCACAAGAAAACUUUCCCGGAUUCGGGAUUCCACAGGCAAAAUUUACCCUUUAUUUAUUUAUGUGUUCAUUUAUUUAUUUAAAAACGUUUUUACUAUUGUCUUUUGAUUUAGUCUUUCGCUGAAUUGAUCAAACAGCAGCAAAUUGACUUCUCUCCAAGUCUGUUUUCCGAUGAGGGUGAGAAUUUUACCACAACAUUUCGUCUUUUAUUAAAGCAUCAUGCACAAGGUUUGUUUUGGAAAUUGCAAGAAAUUGAAGGAUAUGUUUUCUUUAAAAUUUCAUAGAUUACUCACAUGAAGGACCUGAUUCGUCUGAUCUAGGUGAGCAAAGACUUUUGUUCUUGGGUCAUCGUAGCUUGAUAAGAAAUAGAACACAAACAGCGGUGAUAAACAUAUUCAGCUUACUCGUUUUUAACAUAAACUUGACGUUUCGUAUGCUACUCAACAUACAUUUUCAAAAGUACCGUUACAAUUUUGAAAACUAUUAUAUAAGAAUAGUUUUCAAAAUUGUAACGGUACAUUUGAAAAUAUAUGUUAAUUAAGUAGCAUACGAAACGUCAAAUUUAUAAUAAUGAGUAAGUUGAAUAUGUUUAUCCCCGCUGUUUAGGUGAGUAACACUCUAGCUUUUAACCUUUGGCCGGAAAACUUGGCUUUGUUUCAGCCAUGAUUUCGAAAGCUCCUUUUCUUGAUGUUUUCUUGUGCAAGUGAAAGCCAUUUUCAGAUGUAAAGGUUUUGCAGUUGUUUUUUGAGUUAAGGGAUUUUAAGAUUGGCCGCGAGCCACUUCUUCCACCGUAGGUGUACUCGCAACAAACCAAGUUGCCCUGGUUUAGGGUAAAUGACCGACUUUGAGACGGUCAACUCUUGCAGAGUCCGUGGAAUCUUGAAUAACACAAGAAAAAGAAAAAAAUAAAAUGUAUUCUCUGUUCAGUUGAAGCACUUUGCUUUUGACCUCAGCAACCAUGUGCUGAACCUAACUAACGUGGUUAGGUAAAGGCAGAAAAGCCUCAUUUCAAUAAAAUGGCUUUUUACGGUUGGCAACGUUAAAAAUUGGACAGUCUGUCGAUAGCGGGGGUCAGUUGAUUCAUAGGACGAACGCCUUAUGCGCCCUCUCCCCUCCGCAGAGGUCACUUUGUAUCGUAGGGAGGGCUGGAGAGAGGGGAAAGAAGGCGCGCGGGGGACGAUGGGAAGGUGAAAGAGGCGAAGCAAGGCUCCCACCUUUUCCGUCUUCCUAUCGUCCCCCGCGCGCUUUCUAUUUUCGAUUAUUGAUAUUGUUAUUUGGGAUACCCAGCAAGAGCCUCUGCGGAGGAGAGAGUUAUGCGCCCAACGGAACCAGAAACUCUUUUAGAGCUGACCCAACCAAAUAAAAAAUAAUACCAAAUAAAGUAAAUAUAAACACAACUCUUCCUUUAAUUCAGACUGAUUUCUUUUGAGUAACUGAGUACUCCAUAUAGUGGUUUUGGCAGAUAAGGGACGCAGAGUUUGACCCGGUUUUCUUUCGUUUUUGCAGCUGGAAGUCCAGAGAGUCCAUCGUUGUUGAUUACCACUGAUCUGUCGAAGUGCGCGAUAUUCCAGAAUCUCAGACCGUUGGAGCUGCUUUGAUCUCUUAACUCACAGACUUGCCUUUAGUCGUACUCCGUUUACAUGAAAGCUUUAACAUGAGAAACCUAGAAAAAUUGCAAAGUUCACUUUUGUAGAAUGGUGACUCUCAAUGGUUUGAAUAUUACAACCUCGUUCCCAGGGCUUUCUCUCCUGCUUCGAGAAAGAACCCUGGUUGUGUCUGGUCACGUGGCUCCCAAAAUCUGGAAGCCAAAUAUAAGGCAGAGGAAGAAGAGUAAAUAAUUGUCGCUAUGACAAACGUUACUCUGUCGGGGCCCGAGAGGAGUUUGCCGCCUCGUUUAUUAUCAGCUGAUGGAUAUUCUUUGAAAAAGUCAACAACAGCCGAAAUAAUAGUACUGCAUAAUGCAAGCUCCUCAUGUAGACUAUGUUAAACUAUCGUAGACCGAAAACACUGCCGAAAUAUUUUCCAGGAUUAAAAUUUAUUUUUUCUUUCCGUGGGGGAAGAAAUUUGUAGCAGCCCGCUAUCCGAACUUGAAACUUUUUCAAAACUUUUAUGCAGAUCAUGCGAGAGACGGCUAACAAAUCACCACGUUAAUUACGGUAAAACUUGGUAGACUAAAGAUUUUCCGUAACCUGUUGGCAGGACGGCGAGCAAAUCUUUUUUUCAAGUAGAAUCUUUCUAGACAAUAAACCUGUUUUGCCUUCAAAAUAAUGUUAUCGUAACUAGCCGAAAGCAACGCAGUUUGCACGCAACUCAGAAACUCAAGCGCCAUUUUGAAGUAAGAAUUUUCUCCCUACCCCAGAUAGUAUUUCGUCGUCCAGUCGACAAAAUUUAGUGGAGGACCUACCCCCGCAGCGCAAUUUAUUGACACACAUUUUCACGUGACCAGCCGCAAGCAGGGUUCUUUCCCGAAAAAAGAGAGAGAACCCUGGGAACGAGGUUGUGAAUAUUAGUCCUUCUUGAGCACCUUAUGUUUAUAAAUCUUGAAUGAGAAUGAUUUGGCUUCUUUUCACACAAAAAAACAGUUGUGGCGGCGCGAUUUCUGUGACGGAGCGACGCUGCGCCGCGCCGAUCUCUAAAGUGGAUAGUCACAGAUCGGUAGGCCUAGACACAAAUAUCCGGAUAUUUUUUGAGACAUUUAGUAGCUUCCGAGAUAUUUAGAAAUUUUUAGGAUAUUUGGACAAAUUUAUAGCUUUUUUUGGCUGUUUUCCAGCUUUCCUCGCUAUUUUCUUGACAGAAUACUCAGUGUUAUCAUUCCAUGCUAGAAAUAAUCCAGUUCAGCGGUUUUCCACUUGAAUAAUGUAUUCCAUAUCACUAGACGCUAAGAGCCAUUUGUCAAAAUGACGGAUGUUGGAAACACAUAUGAGCCUGAACAUACUUUUCAGCUUCCGCUGGGGAAAAUUUUGGCCUAAGAGAUUCAAAAUCGGCUUAUUUUUAAAACAAAAAUACGAGAAAUUUCGAGGAUUUUUCGAGAUAUUUAGAAAAAUUUGGGGGAUAUUUAGACGUUUUUUGAGAAUUUCCGGAAAGAUAUUUGGGCGAUUUGUAUAGGUAAUAGCAUGAUUUGUAGUGAUAUUUGGCAUAAAUACCACGAGUGAUAUUUCAAAAUUGUCAUACGUAAUUUCACGAGCCGUCAGGCCAAAUAUCACGAACAAAUCAUGCUAUUAUCUGUUUACACUACUACCCGCAAGGUUUUUUAAAUUAAGCUGAAAUACAACUGCUCUAAGCCAAUUAAAUUGCCGAAAUUUCUCCUGUAGUAGUAUAAUACGUGAUAUUUCAGGGGCACCCAACGACAAUUUUUGGAAAAUAUCUGUUCGGAAGACUAUUUGAGAUCUAGAAUUUUCGGAACAUUUGUUGUAAAAUUUCUUGCUUGCCUGCCUCUCCUAGGAUUUUCGAACAGUUAAAAAAUGGUAUAAUUGCCCAUUUUUAACGGAUUUUUACCCUAAAAAGGUCACUGGCUGAAAUUUUCGAAAAGGUAAGUUUUGAUCCCUAUAACUUUCGCAUCACUAGAUUUUCAGCUAGGAAAUCCGAACAGAUUGAAAAUUGUUAGGGGAUAAAAAUAUGCCUAUAUCUACCAAUUGAAUACUAGAAUACGGUCAACAAUGCCAUGUUUAAGUGGUUUUGAACUAUAUUCUCGUUGGGUGCCCCUGAUAUUUGUGUCUAGGCCUACAUAUCGGAUAGUUGUUCACACUAUAGAGUGUUUUCACUCACGUGGCCAGCAUCUAUGCAAAUUUAUUGGAACAAAAGAAAUCGUUUGCAUAAGAAAAGAGUACAACUCCCACGGGAUUGGUUUGGGACACCAACAUGGCCGCCGUUUCAUUGUUUUGGGACACCAACAUGGCCGCCGUGACGUCAUGUGAAAACACUCCAUACUGGAUAGCUAGCUUUUCGGGUCGUCACGAAAACCCAUCCGGUAUGCUGUAAACAUUGCCUUAGAAUCCGCCGUUUGUUUAAGAUUUGAAAUUUUUGGUAGUAUUUCGUUAAAGAGGAUAAUGUAUUUUUACAAA